AUGAAUUUCUUAGAAAUAGGACUCCAUUCAAGAAAAGCAAUAUCAGUUGAAAUGAAAUCUGUACAGAAAAGACUACACAUUGUUCUUCUGCUGCUGGCUGUUUUUAUUGCUCUUGCACGACCAGGUUACCCUAUUGCAGAAAAAGUAAGCACAUUGUUAGGCAACAAGGUGCUCUUCAGUUGCCUGUUUAAUGGAAAUGUGACUAAGAUGUCAUGGAUGUUUAAUCCAAUACUUCAAAUUGCAGCUAUCCGAUGCGAUUCGAACAAAAUGGUUUUGAUUUCCAACAAUAGCAGAAUAAUAAUUCAAAGUGCAACAUGCAAUACAUCUAAAAAUGAAAUGAAUCUCCAGAUAGAGCCUGUGCAACUUGCUGAUGAUGGGAAUUAUACUUGUGAAAUUCUAGAUCAAAGAGGAGUUCAUAGAUUAACCUUCUCAUUAGCAGUAACAGUUCCACCUGAUAUAUCUUUCAGUAUUGAAAACAAACUAGAUGAUACAAUGGUGGCCAUAUGCACAGCAUCAAAUGGGAAACCAGCUGCAGAAAUUACUUGGUAUCCAAAUAAUUUAGGAAACUUCUCAAUCGACAUAACCCAUCACAGUAACAGAACUACAACUGUACGAAGCAAGUAUCACAUUAGCGUCCACCAAUUCAGUGAGGAGAUAAGCUGCAUUGUAAGCCACCCAGCAUUUAAUGGGACAAAAAACUAUACCAUUCCUCGAAACAGUCCAGCUCUACAUGAUUCACAAUCAACUGCAAAGAUAUUAUUCAAUUUAUACCUCAUUGCUGGUGUCCUGGCUGCUUUUCUGUGUCUUCUUGCAGUAGUACAUUUUACAGUCAGAUACUUCAAUCUCCACAUAGAAACUGCAUUCAGAAAUUGCUGCGCCUCCAGGUCCAGUCAGGACAUAUCUCAAUCAAAUGGACCUUUUAUACAGAUGGAGAAUUUCAUUUAUGAUUCAUUUCAACCACAAAAACUGAGGUAACCACGGCAACAUCCUUCUGAAACACAUUACAAUUUUUGUGGAAAUUCAUGAGAUUAACAUCAAUGUAUUUUUUAUAUUGUUAUGGCUACCCUUGCUUUGGAGCUCUUAGAGAUGGCGGUGUUCAGAAAGUUUCAAAAUUAAUCAAAAUUAUGCAAAAAUGGCAACAAUUCCAAACUGUUCUGUUGCAGUAUGUGCUGGUAUAUGUCAUAGUAGCUUGAAGUCAACUAGCUACCACCAUCAAAAAAUAAAAGGCGAUCUCUGCUAAAAGUCAUCAUCACAAUCACCAUCACCAUCCAUUAUAAGCCGUAAUCAGUAGCAACCAUGUAGUUAGCCAUCACCUGAAUGCCAGCAAAAAAAUAUCAAAAUGCCCAUGAGUAGACUGGCCACCAGCAGCAGGAAGCCAGCAAAUACAAGACAACUAAUCACAGCAACCAGAAACCU